GUCACGUGUGCCACUUUUGACCAGGAAAGGAGCACCGGCCAGCAGGGUCUUCUGGUAGUGGGAGCACCACCUCCGCACAGGCACCUCGCACCAGUGGAGUCUAGUCUCCGCAGCCCCUUACUGUCUUCCCCCCCUUCAAGCGAGGUUCUUGCCCUCACGGCGUCGUCGUCGUUUCAAUUGCUGAUUAAUUUUUCUUCUUGUAAGCUGAGGGGGACGUGAAGUCCUGACAGAGGCGGCACGAUGACAGCUGUCGAAACCCAAAUAACAUACAGCAACUCCUACACGAUCCACCAUGAAGAAGCGUACAUGACCCAGGAGGAGGACUGGGACAGGGACCUGCUGCUGGACCCUGCCUGGGAGAAGCAGCAGAGGAAGGUAGGUGUGGGUAGGAGCUUGUGCGCAAUUACGCACAGAUUGAACCAAGCACUUGUGCCAUCAAGGAGUGUCAUUUUUAUGCAUUCUUGUACGAAAUAUAACAUGGUUUCAGAAUCACAGUCAUUUCCUCCAACCUUGUAGGUCUAAAACAGUCUAAAUCUCACAUGAAGCUGGGCAUCUGCGCUUUAGCUGUCCUCGCACCUGGCACUUCAGUCCUGCUGGAAGCUGUGUGGGCAGAUAUUUUAGGCCGAGGAACUUUCUCAGUGUUGUCUUUCAGUUACCCCCGAUUGCCUUGCGAAGACUGUCUAAAUAUAAUACCGCCCUCCUGAGUCUUUGGACCACAUUUUGUAUGAAAAUGACUCAUAGCAUUAAACUAUUUGGGUUGAGAUAAAAACGUUAGAAACAGCGUGAAUGCAAAACGUACCUGAACUGACUUGAAGUGAAGAUUUUAAGACGUCUGUGUAUUUCUGUCCUUACUUAUAUCGAUUUUUCUACUUAAAAAUGCAUAAUAAUAAAUUGUUCACACGAUACAUCAAAAAUAUCUUUUAGUUUGUUGUUAUAUCAAACUAACCCGGGCUAAGAGGUCAGCGGUUACCUCGGCAACCAGCUGGUCUUGUCCCGCUCGGAGGACGAGUCUGACAGCUGCGUUUAAUGAGCUGUUGGAGCAAAAUAACGCCUGACACCGCAAAAAGUGGACAAAACAACACCCCGAACAGAGACUACUGUUGUUAGACCACAGAAACUGACGGAAAUUAGUCAGUAAAAUAUAAAGAUAUUGUCUAUAUUUGGUUUGCUAGCUUAUCGUGGGCUUUACAGAUUGCUGUGUCAUGGCCGCCAUGUUUGAUGACCGUUAACAACAAAGUAGCUCGUCCAGUUUCUGUAUCGUAGCGCCGCUAAUCCCAAAGCAGGGUUAAAGCUUCAAGUAGCUGACAGGUUAAUCAUUUCUACAUGUUUUUAAAAGUGCAGAAAGUUAUUACGUGGAAUUAAAGAGAGGGAGCACCUAAAAAAAAAUCGAGUGUAACUGUUGGCGCAGUCUGAAUGAAUCGAUCAAGUUGCUUAAGCGGUUGGCUAGCUAGCUAGCUGGCUAACAUUCAAGUAGGAGUGCUAGCAAAGACAAGUAGGAUACUUAGAUGUCUUUAUACAAUAAUUAUUAUCAUGGAGACGUUUUAAAAUCUCUAAUUCUGGAAUAAAAGAGUAGACUCGUGACAUUUAAAUGGACGUAAUUAAAAAUAGAUUCAAAGUUAUUGAUAAAAUGAUGCGCAGCUACCUUAAACUGAUUCAGAAACUGAAGUUUUUAAUACCAUCUUUAAAUUGAAAUAUGUUCUUGUAAGUAUGGGUUAGUUGACAUAAGUUAAUUAAGUUUUAAUGGUUUAAAUCACUCUCAGGCAGAGUAUAAACUGAUGGUUCAGAAAGAAUCAGGAAAAAAGCUUAAUUAUUGUCAGUUUAGUGCAUUACCUUGUGCUUUAUUUGACAACAUAGUGUCAUUACUUUAUUCUUGUGUUUUUCACAAUCCUUAAGCAAGGAAAGAGUUAAAAGUGAAGCUAAUACUGGCUUUUAAAACUUUUAAUUUAAUCCCUUUAUCACUGAAAUGUUUACCAUUAACAGUAAGUAUGUCAUUUUAUCAACGAGUCAAAUUUCUUAGUGUUAUGUCUGAACAGCUAUCAGUGCACCAAUAGUUGUAGAUAAACUCAUUCUUAUUUCAAAUGAUGUGACAUUUGCUGUAUUCUCAGUUUUCCUACAGGGAUAAUUGAUCUACUUUGAUCUGUUAAUACCUUAUGUGCUUUAUUAUGAUAUAUUACGGCGUAGAGCAGUGAAACAGCAGCAUGUUUCAAGGACUUGUAGAAAUUAUACCUUGUGUCCAAAUCUGCUGAAUUAUUCUGUCAUUGCAAAGAUUUCCCAGUCUUCAGAGUCAGAGCUCUGUGACAGGCUGAGAGACCUCAACAGAUGGUAACAGAGCGAGAGAGAGAGAGAGAGAUGGCAAGGCUGGUAGAUAUACACCCCGGGUUGGUUUCACAGACCUACAAAUAAACAUCAAACUAAAAAUACUUUCAACUUGCUUGGCUCGAGCCUCCCUCCUUCCCUCCCUCUUUUUCUGCCACCUCCUCUUGAGUUUUUUUUUUCCCGUCAUUUCCUCAGUUCAGUUUAACACUUCCUUUGUCUUGUUCUUUACAAUAAUUAUUUUCUUUUUUUGUCUUAUCAUCAACCUGUCAGUGUUUAAAAUGAUAAAUUAGACCCCUAAAAAGACCUCCCACAGCCUCUCUCUUAAUCUGCGCCUCCCUAUCCUCUCAGGGGAGCAGGUCAUCGUACCCCUUUGCUCUUCUUGGCAUGUAAAAUCUAGAUUAAGGAGCUGAUAUCAGUCCAUAAAUAUAGCCGCUGCAUCAUUUUGCGAUGAAAUGAAUAUGAAAGGAAAUCCUCGCACCAGCUGUCCUCCCUUCUAUCCUUGAAAUUUCAGUGGAAAAAGCUGCUCAACAUUUGACUCACCAGUAAAAUGUUUGUCAACACACUCGGCGGCGGAAUCUGAUCCCGGACAUUAGAAAUAGAGCGUGUCUUAACUGUACAUCAUGACAUUGGUUUAUAUAUAUCAUCAAGGAGAUUUAGUCGAUUGCUAGCGAACCGAUCCGUGCUUUUAGUUUCAAUCUUUUUCACAAGUCAGCAAAAUAGAGUUGAAUUAUCUAUCCGGCGUAACGCAUCGAAAGAAAAGGACAGGGUCGUUAAUUUUGGCGUUUUUUUUUUUUUUACCCCAGAUACUCGUCCAAUUAAAGAUUGUGUAUCCUAGAAAUCCUAGAAAUGAGAAAUAUAGAUUUAUGAGAGAUGGAUCGUUGUUAUCUCUGACUGAUUAUCCCUGACUUUAUCUUUAAGACUGAACACAUUGAUGAUUGUUUUAAAAAAGGAUAUUACAGUUGAUAGAUUGAGGAUGCUUUGCAAUCUUUCUGCAGAAAUAAGUAAAAACAAGAAAGGAAAAAGUAGACCUAGAAAUAGUCAUAACAGAUUUAUCAAGCUCUUUAUCCACUUAGCUGAUCUAUUAGUCAGAUUUUCCAUUAGAAGUUUAAAAUUCGUCAUUGUUUUGUUGUGCUAAUACAGACAUUGUUGAUUUUACACCCACUAAUAAUACUACCAUUACAAGUCUUUUAGUUAUAAUGAAGUUAGAUUAGUUAAAAAUCCCUCAAUUAGCCACAUAUACACUCUGGCCUGUUCAAUAAACGGGGGGAUUUUGUCACUGUAUAUUUAAAGGCUUUGAUGAUACAUUUAAUUAUCACCCAGCCUUGUGUCGAAGUUAAUCUAAAUUCAAUAACAAUGUCAACAGAUCACGCUAAUGCAGGAGCGUCAGACUUAAUUUAGUGAUUAUUUACACAUAAUUACUCUUAUGGAAAGAUUCAUUAUAAUCCUUUUUCAUCCUAAGCGUUAUUAUUUUUUGACACAGUUUGAAUAUCUCCAACAGCUCCCACCUCUAGUAAAACGAAUAAAGUGUCCAAAAGAGUGAUGAUUGCCGGCUUUAAUAAAGAAACAUUAAGUAACGUGAUAUUAUCCACUCAGCCUAAUGUAAUGUGUGUGUCUGCGUGGGCGAGCGGAGAUCUCAGGGUGCUGCAUAAUCAAAUCUAUUCCUGUCUGAUUACAUUUUGCGCUUUAAUAAAUCAUACAGUAGCUCAGCAGGCAGAUGAGGUCACUGAUGGCACCUUCUACCCGGUUCGUUUAGGAGUCUACCUGUGACUUUAGUGUGAAGAUAUCUGGCGUUAUAGAAAUGUCGUUUUUAUGUCGUGUAAAGUAGAAAAAAAAAGAGAGAUUUUCAUCAGGAAGUUUCUGAUGCUCAGUGAGAUUCAUGUAAAGCCUGCAGUGAUGAAGUGAAAUCCGAGGAUCAUGAAUUCUCCAUAUGUUCCCUUCGCUGUUACAUAACAAUGUAGCGUGAUAUUUCCUCGUACCUGAGACAGAAUGUAUUCACACAAGUCAGGCGCCAUUUUUCUAGCGGAUAAAAUGUGACGAUAUAAAGUGUGGUGGUGACUCCUCAUCCUUUUUGUCUCUAUCUGAUCCAUUAGUUAUUCAGCCCAUUAGACCUGCUACUGUACCCCAGUACCAUGGGAAAAAAAAGGGAGGAGGUCUUCUUAGAUUCCCUCCCAUGAUUCACUUUGUCAGAGUCAUGUGAUCUCGGCGCAGUAACAGUUACCCGGUUGAACUGACAUAUUUGCCCCCUCAGGACCAGUGGAGCACAUGGCGACACAUUUGAGAGAUUAAAACGAUUAUUCCUCUCUACUCUAAAUUUCCUCUCUCAGUAUUUAACGCCGGUAAACAAACAAGAACUAAUCUGAGAGAUAAAACACUUUUCAAGACUCUACAUAUGAGAUGUUUUUGUUUUGUGAAACUUUACAGUAUUUUACCGUCAAAUCUUUACAUUUUAGGGCAGGUGCGCCGUAAGAGCGGCAUUAAUUAAUGCUGCGCUCCGUCUGUGUUGUGCGGUACUUGUGGAGAGAAGGUGUACAAGGGUUUAACGUAAGUGGAGAGGUGAGAGAGCCUGCAGUCAGAUCAAAUAGCAGUUGCUAUUCCAGAAGCCGUGUCCAUGUAGGGAGGCUUCUAUAAACUGCUUUAGUGCCUGCGCAGGAGCCCUGGGGGGCCGUAAGAAGGGCUGAGGAGUCUAUGUGUGUGUCUGUGUGUGUGUGUCAUAUUCUUCAUACGCCGUACUAUAAUAGCCUGAAAGUGUGUUUCCUGUGAGCCUUGUGGGUCGUUUUGAGGAUUGGGACACCAGUCUGAAGACACACGAUACAGAUUGGUGUCAGAAUUCGCGGGGUGAAAGUACAAAUGGUGAUUGAUGAGGCUGUGAGAGCGGCCAUCUUGAUCUGAUCAGAGCCAUCCUGUGGGUCUCCAAAUAAAAUAAGAGGUUGGAAAAGUUGCGCUCUUGAAAUCGGGGUCACUACGGUUCAGUCAAAUCAAAGAGAGUGUGCUCCCUGCCCUUCCACGUGAGUUUGUGGGACUCCAAAGCCUGAGGCGGGUAGAGCACACCCAGAACGAGAGUCCAGCGUUAGCCAUUUUUCUUCAUCGGCGACUUGUCACUGGUGUUGAAAACGGAGACUCGUGUUUAUGAGGAAGCAGAAAGCCACAAGCCGCCAGAAGCUCGUGACCUCGGUAACAGAUGACGCAUAGAGGAAACAUGGCUGAACACCUACAAAACGACACCUCAUGUCUCAAAUGUUGAGUUAUAACGUCCAUUCAUGAUGAGACGAACUCCAUCUGUCUAAGAUCAUACUGUUGGGGCUGAACGCCGGCUGCAUGAGGCGGAUAUUUAUAGGCAGGUGGCAGCAGAAGUUACAGUCGUCAGUUGGAAGUCUGCUGAGAUGAUGGGUCUCUUAUAAUAGGACUGAGGUCAUGAAGAUAUCAUUAUGUACUUUAUAAUGGCUUCAAAAGAAGAAGCAGCAGGAGAGACCACGCUUCUUCGGCUCAAUCGUACUUUGAAUUGAAAGUUUUCCUCGUCUUUAUUCGCCGUUGUCUUGGUCCUACCUUUGGCAUUUAUGUCUCUCUUCGCUAACAAAGUUGCGGCGGUCAGAUGUGGUCACUUUGGAUUCGCCGCCGUUUCACAAUCUUCGAAUAACAGAUGGAAAUCAGAGUUGUUCGGAUCACUUAACACGAGCUUUAAAUAACCUUUUUUGUGGUCUUCUAGUGGUCGCAGAAGUUUGACUCGCAAGGUCGACGCUGACUCGCCUCCUGGCUCAUUGAAUUCUGGGUAAUGAAGCCGGGCUGGCAGCGACUGUAGCUGGCCUAACGUCAGUUUCACACACAUUAGUCCCUCUCGAUCAAAGCUCCAGUUAAAUUGGAAUUAGCUGACUCCAGAUCUGCGAGGACGGUUUUGCCUCUUAUUUCAGGGAAAGAACUCGCCUUCUGAAAUUAGACACAGCCGCCCUCCUCCUCCUCCACCACCUCCUCCUCCUUCUCCUCCUCGUCAACCCCAACUGGUUCUCUGUCUCAGCCAGCCACACUCAUAAAUCCUCCACAACCACUUACACCAAUUUAUGUCCCCCGCGUCAGUCUCCUCAGCCCAGAGCUCAUUAAACGACAAAAGACUCUGCAUGCCGCCGACACCGACCAUGAACCCGCUCACUCACCUUUAUUCUCCGUCAUUGAUCAUGCAGUCAGUCAAUUCAUCAGUGACCGCUGUAACAAGUAAAGGGGGCGAUAGCGCUAUUAGACCGAACAAUGAAAGACAAGGAUGCUGAGUGUGUGCUGUGCAAGCGGAAAAUCUGAGUUAUUACAUCGAACCUCGGUGACUAUUUAAAGUCACAGAGACGACGUGAAAGAAACGCUCUUGACUUGUUUUCUGCUAAAAGUAAAAUACCGGUGCGCGUCUCACUCAUGUCACUUCCUGUCAUGAGAAUGACUGAUGCUUGCAGUCCAGUUUGAUGCAUGGAAAUCUAGACCUGAUCCAGACUUUAGUUAGCCGUUCUGAUGGAUUUGAUGAGUCUAGUCUACCUUUGACAGUUAUCGUAGCGUUCAAUUAGGGAUGGGCGAUAUGGCCUCAAAUCAAUAUCACGAUAUAUUGAUCAGUUCACCUCGAUAACGAUAAAUGGACGAUAACUACUCCACAAGCUGCUCACCACCUCCCACAUUAACUUUGUCUACUUCAGCCUCUACAACUUUUGAACCGUCCUCCAUCUCCUCACGGACUGGAUGGGGGUGGAGUCACAUUUCUGACGCAGGACAGCAUCUUAAAGGGACAUGAGACCAUAGCCUACCUACACACAUCCAAAACCAACUUUGAUUGAUUUGGUUUUUUUGACACAGAAUAUGUUGACAUGAGCAAAAUGACAUUGGUUAUUGUCGUAAAUUUCACUAUCGGUUUAUCGAUCAGCCCUACAUUCAAUCUCAAUCAAUCAAUCUGAGUUUAUUCAGCACCAAUUCACAAAAUAACGUUAUCUUGAGCCCGUACUCUUGAUAUGUACAAAGACCCAGUAACAAGAAAAAUAUCUGACCUUUUACGUUGCUUUCAUGACAUUACAGGAGGUAUGGAGGUAGGGCUGGGCGAUAAACUGAAAAUUUACCGAUACUGAAAUUUACCACAAUAACCGACAUUGUUUUGCCCAUGUCAGUAUAUUCGUUGUCUAAUAAAUAUAGAAAUAAAAGUUGGUUUUGGAUGUGUGUAGGUAGGCUAUAGUCUCAUGUCCCUUUAAGACGCUGUUCUACGUCAGAGAAAGACAGGUGAGGAGAUGGAGGACGAUUCAAAAAUUGUAGCGGCUGAAGUAGACGAAGUUAAUGUGGGAGGGGGUGAGCAGCUUGUGGAGUCGUUAUCGUCCAUUUAUCGUUAUUGAGGUGAACUGAUCAAUAUAUCGUGAUAUUAAUUUGAGGCCAUAUCGCCCAGCCCUAUCAGGGAUGCCGUAUUCACAUUACACCUGCCCUAGAGAGAGAGACAGAGAGAAUAAGGAGUGAUGUCUGCUCCAAACACGAUUAUGAAAACAUUCAUUAGGGAGUUGUUUAAAGAGACUAUGUGGGAUGUGAAAGUGCCAUAAGUGCUGGGAAAUAAAAUCCGGUCUUUAUUGCUUAUUUUAUUAAUAAUGCAAAAUAUACAAAGUAUGAAUUUCUAUGUUUUCUCUUAGUUUUAGCCAUAUAAAUGCUCAAAGUCUUACAUUAUUAGGGGCGUGGUUUAAUUGAUGGCUAGUUGGAUGCGUUGGUGGACGCUAGAGGUCUGAGAUGGUGAACAUGGGUGGCUUUUUAUCAGCAUGUUGGGAUUGUUAGUGCCAGUCUAACAGAAUGCUAACUUGAGCAAAGAUUGGCCUGUUUUCUUGCGUUUUAAUCCCUGUUAGUCGUUGUAGUGCACACACGGACACUCAUCAUGAAGGCGUUUCGACAGGCAUCAUCAUUCUGGUAGCGCUGCAACCUGAAACACAAUGUAAGGCAGCAUGAUGGAGCAGAACAGCACCUGAUGUUUCUCUAGAGCGAUUAAUGUGCGGAUGCAGACAGAUGGUAAUGUCAAAACAAGUGAGCGACUGAAGCAGGUUAGCCAUCCGCUCUCUGCUGUCAUUCAGCCGUGGACGGAAAACCAAGUGGAGAUGAUGUCGUGCGUGAUUGACAGCAGUUGUAGUCAAGCUGUUUUUUCAGUGGGUGUGUGCGCUGCAAAUCAAAAGGGGGUGUUCGCAUUGAGAUGCUGCAGGCGGUGUGUAAACACGGCGUGGUUAUGGAGGGAGAAUCCCAAUCCCUCAUUCUGUUUGAGCGUCAGCAUUAUUCCCAUCAUGUUCGUGGGCAGAUAGGAGGACUGUUGACCUUGAUCACCUGCUCCACCUGUUCUGAAAUCCCCCCCCACCGAGCCUGAAGUUUAUCCGUCUGGCAUCUGGCACACUUUGACUGGUCCUAGGCCUUUUAUCCCCCUAAACACUAACAUAAAUCCUGGGGGGUUUUGGAGCCGGGCCUUGCUGUGGAGGUCCACAGUGGCUCUGCUGUCAGCAGGGUCUCUGGGAUAUUAGCCGUAAAUCCUUCAUAAAGAAGAGGACGAAAGAGAGGCUGAGUGGGGUUGUUUUCAUUCAGAGUUAAACCUCCUGACAAUGAUGACAAUAACGAUUCCUGAUUGAUGAUUGUUUCCUUUCUUACCAGUUUUACUUUGCUGUCUUUUUAAAAAAUUUGAUUAAAGGUCCUUAAAUAUUCAGAAGCGAAUUUUGACUAUACACAUCAAGCCCGAUGCGAUUUUGCGACUUUCCAGGGGUGGAAGCGAGAAGACUGACACAACAGCAGACUGACUAUUUUCAGUUCUGAUUAGACUCUAGUGUUGAGAUGUCUGUCUGUCAUGAUAGCAUGUACUGAGUCGGGGCCAGUACCAGAUAAGCACAUUAAACUAUAAUCCAUAAACGUAAGGUAACAACCGAGACCUAAUGGUGCUGUGACAGAAAAUACAUAUGGUAUGUUGUAUCUGAACAGGUUAGCUUACGAGCUAAAGUUACUUAGCACAGACGAAAGUUAAAACAAAGACGUUUAGCAAACUGUUAAAGCACACAAACCAUCGUCAUAUGAGAAAUCCGACGCUAUGACUCUCCACAAGUUGUCCUUCAGGUUGUUAUCUUUGUGAUAUUUGUGUUUUUUAUCAAAAAUCACUCUGUUCUCUGACAUGUAAACAAUCAGCCGGUCGGCCAUGUUGGAUAUACCAGUGAAUCUGACGUCGCAACAACGCGAAAUCUGAUUGGUCAGAAGUGGACACACAGUAUGCGAAACUUUAGAAAAAUUGACCGUGAGCCGAAAAAAUAAAUGCCACAAUAUCGCAGGACAGGAAAACAUCGCUGAUAUGAACGUUUGUAUUGACAGGAUACGGGUUUGAAAAAAAAUAUGGACGUCCGAAAUAAUCACACGAAAAAUCGCUCCCGUAAGUCUAUACAAUAGCUUAAAUCGAUGCUAAAAACUCUACGAAGUGCCGCCUCUAAAGUUUUGUUUUGUACUUUUGCAGACUUCCAGUGUGUGUAUUUCUUAAGUUUUGAACCAAAAUAUCAAUUUCCUGUUUCUCUUGAUAAAAUAACGAUAAAUAUCAAAACCUCAUCCCUUAAAACAGUUGAAUUUUUUGGAUGCCGAUUUGAUUUAAAUUGCGAUUCUACGAUAUUGUCUAUUUUCUCGAUUUUUAGUCUUCAUUUGUAGCACCAAUGAAACUGUUGAAUGAUUAUAAUUGUCUACUGACUAUCCCAGGAACCAUAUUUCCCCCCAAAAUUAAUUAUCACAUUUAAGUCAGUUUUUACGAUUUAUUCUUACACUAGAAAAAAAUCGAUUUAAAAAUUAAAAAAAUUGCAAUACUUAUGUGAAUUGAUUUUUUUCUCCCACCUCUAAUGCUUAGUCACAACAGACCUUUGUUGUCCAGUCGCUCAGACACUUUGAGAGGAUUAGAGGUGAGUCCUUGGGGCAGAGGAGUUUAGGUUGACCUGUAAGAGGUGUGUUAAGAGGUGUGUGUUAGAGUGAUGUGUGUUUAUAGGAGAGGUCAACUCUUAGCUCUUAUGUCAUUGUCCCAAAUCGUCCCUGUGGCACCCAAGUUCAGGGCUCUAGGUCUGUUUAAGAGAGGGGUGAGAGCGGGUAUUUAAAGCCCACAAGGAGAGAAAAAAAGGAGGGGCAGGGGGAAGCUCUUAAAUGUCGGCUCCACCUGUUGGGUGUCGUAACUCCUCUCCCCUCUCGGUCCUGUCACUUUAUCGGCUGUCAAAACCUCGGGACGAUUUUUUGUUUACAGGAGAACCCUGACGCAAGAACGUGAUGUCAGUGCUGAAAUCAGUCAGUCGGGAAAACAAACACUGAAAUCGCUUGAUAGUAACCUCUGAAGACACAGUUUAACUCAGUAAUAGUACAAAAAGUAGUACUUCCCUCUUUUUGUCAAUUUUCUACAAGCACGAAAACUCUGUGGUUCCGUUUUUGUUUUUCUUCAUUGACGUUUGAGAUGACAAGUCUCGACGAGAGUGUUGUUUGUUCACUCAAAGCUGAUAUGGUGUCACAUGAAUCUGUCAGAAGUGUUAUGGUUGAAUUCUUACGCAAGUACAGUCACACUGUUGGUUUGUCCACACGCGCAGUUUUGAUGUGAGCGAAGGUAGAAAAACGACUUCAUGUCAGCUGUUUUUUAGAGAGUUUGCUUUUCUGCCGCGGAGCGUUCCUGACGUCUGUGUUUGAACUGUGUUGACAUCCCACUUUUUGUGGAAGCAGCAGAUGCGUCGUCCUUAGAUAUUUGGUAUGUUUGAGUGUGGGAUUUUACUGAAAUGAGGUAACAGCUGAAGAGGAGCUCAGUUAUAGAGCUGUAGCUCUCCGUCAGCCCUGACAGAUGAGCAAAUUAUGCUCUUUUCCUCCUCUCCGAUGUGUGCUGAUGGAUGUAUAAAACAUACUUCGCUUUAGUUUUGAACUGUUCACUGCAUUUCAGUGAGACUGUAAGAGAGCGCAGUGACGGUGACAAACUAACACUUGUCACCCAAUGUGUAUGAAACGGACAGAUAAGAUAUCACACUUUAUUAAUGGAUUAUCAAAGUAAAAAACAAGUGUGGCUUUUCUUUCAAGUGUCUAAUGGUGUGAUGUUCAAGUGUUACGACAAUGUUAUGAUGACUUUAAAACAAUCUAACAAGGUUUCAGUAAAACAACAAAAUCACUUUAAUGAUACAACAGUGUAAUGACAACAUUACGACAAUGUUACAAAAACAUUAUGACAAUUUUAAAACAACGAUGUAACAAAGUGUCAAACUUUUAAUGUUACAAUGUAAUGAUGACAUUACAACAAUAUUACGGUAAUUUUUCAGUGUUAUGUAACAACAAUGUUAUGACUGUGCUACAACAACAUUAUGACAAUAUUCCAACAGUGUUAAGACAGCAUUACAGCAUUAUUACGACAACUUUAUAACAAUGUUACACUCCUGAAAUGACCGUGUUUCAUUGAUUUAACUGUGUAAUGACCAUUUCUCUACAGUGUAACGCUCAUGUUACAUUAUUUUAGUGUUGCAACAAUGUUAUGACAACUACAACGAUAGUGUGCCAGUGUUACCAAAUAUUGAUAAUGUGGCAACAACUUUAUGACAAUGCCAGUACCAUGUUAUGUUAAUGUAAAAACAGUGUUACAGUGUUGGAUCAGAUAGAUUAUUGUGGCUAGAAAAUCCAAAACCUUCACAUAAGAUGGAAUCUUGUCGAGUGUUUUAAAUAUUUCCUGACCUUUGGUUUGUUGACAGUUAUCUCUUUUUCAUUGUGGUUGAGAGGUGCACAUUUCCUGGCAUGAGUUCAAAAUAAAACCACAGAACUAUAAUUACUGUGUGGCUCAAGGCUGUGAGAACUGAACUUGUUUUGGCCUCUCUUGAUGCUAGCUCUGUAUUUUGUUUUGUAUUCUUGGCUGGAUAAAGAUGUUUUAAAAAUAAAACAUUGAUAAGUGUAUAUAGCUACUUCGAUAUUUUUUAUCAUACUUGACAAUUAUUUUUUUAAUCAAAUUGUCCAAUGACAUGAUACCAUACUAUGAAAAUUUAAUCAUCCUAUACUGUGAUAUUUUUAUCUUACUGAACUAUGACAUUUUGUAUCGUACUAUACAAUUAUAUUUUAUCAUACUAUACUUAAUUUUUUAACAUACUAUACUACGAUUAUUUAUCAUACUAUUUUAUGACAUUUUUUAUCAUACUAUCCUAUGACAUUUUCUGUAAUACUAUACUAUUAAAUAUUUUCAUCAUACUAUACAAUGAUUUUUAACAUACUAUACUAUGACAUAUUUUCAUCAUACUAUACUAUGAUAUUUUUAUCAUACUAUUCUAUGAUAAUUGAAAUAUUUUUUACAAAUAUUUUGUGUCUUACCAUACUUUGACAUUUUUAUCAUACUGUACUGUGACAUUUUUCAUCAUACUAUACAAUAAUAUUUUCAUCAUGCUAUAUUAUGACAUUUUAAUCAUACUAUACUAUGACAUUUUUAACAUACUAUACUAUGGCUUUUUUUCACACAGUACUAUGACAUUUUUUAUCAUACUCUAUGAUGAUUUUUAAUAUACUUUACUAUGACAUAUUUUUAUCAUAGUAUACUAUGAAAUUAUAUCUUUCUAUUCUCUGAAAUUUUUAACAUACUAUACCGUGACAUAUUUAACAUACUAUAUUAUCACACCUUAUCAUUCUUUACAAUGAUUUUUUAACAUACUUUACUAUGACAUAUAUUCAUCAUACUACACUCAUAUUUUUAUGCUACUGUACAUUGACAUUUUUGUUAUACUCUGACAUUUCUAUCACACUAUACUAUGACAUUAUCAUCACACCGUACUUUGAUUUUUUUUUUUUUUUAUCAUACUUUACUAUAAUAUUUUUCAUCAUUGUAAGGUUUUAGAUGUUUGUAAUCCUUUAACACUAACAAGAUGAACUGAGGGCAGAAAGGCUGUCGAGCAGGAUGGUGGAAUAAAAAACAUGCGACAACAGGUUCCAGAGCUCUGGCUUUUUACUGACAAACAACCACAGAAACACUACCAAGUUUCAAUCACAUGCAGCAAAGAAAUACUCCUGGUAGCCAGCAACCUUUCCAGGUGUAGCUGAUUGCCCUUAAUUGCAGCAGGUGUAGCUGAUCCCCCUUAAUUGCAGCAGCAGCAGACCAGCAGAGGUGACAGAGCCUGCCCCUCCCCCCUCUCGCACACUCACUGCCCAAUCUCACCUGGCCUCUCUCCCCUCAGGUCUCCUCCCUCAGCAGUGAAAUCCCCUCCUCUGAAAACGGCCCUCAGAGAGAAAGGAUAUUAGGAAGAGAUAUUUGUAUCAUACUAUACUAUGACAAUUUUAUCAUACUAUACUAUGAUGUUUUUAUCAUACUUUACUAGAACAAUUUUAUUAUACUAUAUUAUUAUCUUAUCACACUGUACUAUAUUUUUUUAUAAUACUAUACUAUGAUAUUUGUAUCAAUUUUAUCAUGCCAUAUUAUUUUCUUUUUAUCACACCAUACAAUGAUAUUUUAUUAUACUACACUAUAAAAUUUUUAUCAUACUAUUUAUAUAUUUUUUAUCAUACUUUGCUGACAUUAUUGUUGUACUAUACUUUGAUAUUUUUAUCAUACUUUACUAUGAUAUUUUUUAACAUACUCUACUAUGACGUUUUUCCUACUGUUAUGUGGUAUUUUUAUCAAACUAUUGUAUGAUAUUUUAUCUUACUGAACAAUUAUUUUUUUAACAUCCUUCACUAUGACAUUUUUAUCAUACCAUAUAUGAUCUAAUGCUUUUUAAGUUAUUGAAAUUAGAGAUGAAGACCACAGCAAUAUGUCUGAUCUUCUCAUUAAAACUGUGAUAAAUUCGAUCCUGUGUCAUGAACUUUGAUGCCGUGUCUUUGUGCCCUGAUGUGAAGCACAGUGCUUUUAUGUCUUUCUCUCAUUGUGAACUUUAUGGAUGCACAUGAGUUGGCUGUUAUUUGUUUAUGUGGCAUGUGCUCGUGUGCAUGUCAGAGUCUGGGACACGACUUCUGAACAGGUGUGCGUGUGACCGAGGUGGCUGUAGUGGACAGGUGUAAAUGGAGUCAGCCGUGUCAACCUUGCAGGGGGACUAUUUUUACUCUGGCAGUGGGACAUAAAUACCUCUGUUAAAUUAAGAUAAGGCACAUUGACUGUGUAAUUAUGCUGUAUGUAUCAGCAGGGAGAAUUUCAGAGCUUACAGGAUAAAGAUAAUAUCAUGAUACACUCAGUGAUAGUUGAAAUAUUGAUAUAUUUACAGAACUGAAAAUACUAAAUUGCACUUAUUUUUAUAUUAUUGAUAAUUGAUAAUGUAACAGCAUAACCAGAAACCUACAUCAGGACUUUUUAAUUGAAUCAAACAGGAAGUGAAGGAAUGAGGUUAUAAGCCUAAUUUUAAAAGAUCCACUAAAAGGAACUUGUCUCAGUCCAUGACCAGCUGAUGUAAAAAUACUUCACACUGAUGGUUCAGGCUUCAUACUGUGGAACUUAAGACUCUUGUUUCUUUAACUGGAUCUGGUCCAGUAUAAUUCAGAAGGAGUUUUUUUAAGGUUAAAUCCAUUUGUACAAAUUGCUGCUCCUUUUCUUCUGCACCAUAAACCUCUGAUUUGUACUCUGAUCAAUAAACGACAGUAAAAAGGAAGAUAAAAUGUUUAAAGUAAUAACUCUGAGUAGAUAUAAAAAUAAUCAUAAAGACAAAAAUCUGAUAUCCAGAGAGACUGGAGUUUAGAAUUUAUUGUACAUAUAAAUUCAUGAUAUUAAAAUUGUAUAAAAAUUACAAAAGUAUGCCAAAUAAUUUCUGAAAUAUUCAUUAUUUUUAACGGUAAUCUCAGAUAGUUAUAUCAAUUUAGUCAGAGGUAUUAAACGCUUUAUUUUAGUUGCAGAUUGACAAUGUCUGUAUUUUUAAAAAUACAAAUAAAGGAUUAACCCUUUAAUGUCUGAAACCACAAAUUAUGCCCAGAAAUUUCUUUUUUUUUUUUUUUUGUAGCUGAAAUGUUUUUUCCACUAACUGCUGAAAAAAAAAAAAAAUCAAAAUUUCCUUAAAAAAAAUUGAACAAAUAUGUUUAUUUAUCUCUUUUAAUAUAUUAGAUAUUUUUGGAAAAUUAUAAACCACAAGAGGACUUUUUUAUCAUUAAUCGGACUGUAUUCAGGUAGUUUUUUAAGUAAUUUGUUGAUCAUAUUGAUUUGAUAGAAAUAUUUAAAAGUAUGUAUCAAAUAUGAUAAAAAAGGCAAUAAAGGGUUAAAUAAAAGUGAUACUGAGAAUAGCAUCAUAAUUACUGUCCAACUUAUUUCUUGUAUUAUUACAGCAAAAUAUUGAUAAAUUUACAACCUUAUUUUUAUAAAUGUAUGACUUUUUUUCCUUGUAAAUUCAGGAUUUGAUAUUGUUUUACUCGGAAUUAAUGUGUAAAAAUUCAAACAUUUCUUUUACCCCUAAUGUGACCUUAAUAAUUAAUGUGUAAAUAAUUAUAACUUUCUUUAUAAAUUUGGUUUUAUUUAAUUUGAGUUAAUACCACAAAAUUCUCAUAUAUGUACAUCUUAAUUUAUGACUUUAUUGUUAAAACCUGAUUUUUUUUCUGUAAUAUUACAACUUUUUUCCUGAAUUAUUAUUACCACAAAAUUUUCAUUAAUCUGUUUAUUCAUUUAUUUAUUAUUAUUAUUUAUUUUUUAAAUUAUUUUUAUUUAUUUUAUUUUUUUUCCAUUUUAUUUAAAAAAAAAAUUCGUGUAACAUGCCCCGAAUAUCUUGUAGCCCUUGAGUACUGAGCUGGUAAUAAGAAAGUAUUUGGGAACUGUAGAUGGACGUAUGAAAGCCCGAUCUGGAUGCAGGAUGUACUUCAGAGAAACACUCCAGCAGCAUAUUUCCAUAAUUAGAUCGUCCGUCUCUGAUUGAGGGUGCUAAUUAGGGAAAUCAGCUACUGAAGACCUGUGUAAUUAAAUCAAAGCCUCGUCUCUAGAAGAGCUGGACGCCUGUGAGGAAGAAACCGCAGAGAGGUCGGGUGUGAAUGUAGACAGUCCUGCUGGUUUAUGUAAUUAUCCAUUCCUCAUUAGCAGAAGUGUUCGGUCUGAAACUUUAUUUCUGUGUCGGAGGCUUGACUAAGACUGAGAAACGGAGCUCUAACUAUGAGAAGCACCUUGACUCAGCAGGACUCCCUCAGGUCUAAUAAGCAGGUCACUGUAUCGCUAUGAAAUGUGUUGGACUGGCACCACAGAGGGCUGGAGGUACUUACCUGUAAUAAUACAGCGAGACAGGGAGACCACAGGGGGCCACUCUGUGCCUACACACUGUAGUAGGAGUUAGAUCACAGGUUAGAAAGACUGUAAUCCUGUCAGCUGAGACCGUCUCCAACCAGAUGGCAGUGUUUCCCGGACUUUAUAAGAGAGACGAACCGGAAAGACGAUGAAAGGAACACUUCAUACCUUUAUAUUUCAGCCUCUAAGAGUUUCCUCUGUUUUAAAACCGUUUUGUUUACCGUUAAAAAGACUAAAAAGUAAAGCUGUGGUCAAAUUAAUUUUCAGGUGAUAUUGCUUUGUUAUCCCAGAAGUUUUUAAAUGGUUGAAAAAAAGGAUAUCAGUCAUCUCAAAUCCAUCAAAAUGAAAAGACAUUGUGGUACAUAACUGUAAGUCAGAGUGUUAAAAGAAAGAGAGAUUCUGUGAAUAUUGGUGGUGAUUAGACACUGAGGACAACAACUCCCACAAUCCCAUGCCUUUGUACCUGUUGUCACUGAGAUAAUCAACAAAAGUGGCCUAUUUUGCUUCGGUUUAUGAUUUGAUGUAGAGAUUAUUUGUGUUCCUAAGAUGUUGGUGAUAUGUUGUAUCAAAGCUCAAGCACACCUACCCACCACCUGGGUUGGGCUGUAGUUCAGGUUCAAGGUUCUACGCUAGCACAGGUAUGUGGAUGUUCACCUGUUAGGACAAACUAAGUCGGGGUUGUUUACCCACAGACUGUGUGAUUUCAUGUUUUGCCAUGUUAAACACAAUGUGCUUUUUUUUAGGGUGACCAUACGUCCUCUUUUACCCAGACAUGUGCUCUUUUAAAGUGGCUGUCUGGCCUUGUCCGGGGGAGUUUAUAAAAUCCUUCAAAUGUCUGCAGUUUUGUAAGGAAGUUUUGAGUUUGUGUAGCGUGGACUUACUGAGUUGGAAGUGCGUAAAAAACACUCGACCCGACCCAAAAAACCCUCAAAAUGUACUGCGCAUGACUUAAUGACUCCACCCCGCGUAGUAGUGUCCUCUUUUUUAGGGAUUCGGACUAUGGUCACGGGCGGCACAGUGGUGUAGUGGUUAACCCUGUCGCCUCACAGCAAGAAGGUCCUGGGUUCGAAUCUAGGUCAGGGCGUUUCUGUGUGGAGUUUGCAUGUUCUCCCUGUGUGUGCAAGGGUUUACUCCGGGUACUCCGGUUUCCUCCCACACCCCAAAAAAUGCAGAAGUGGGGUUAGGUUAACUGGCCACUUUCAAAUUGCCUGUAGAAGUGAAUGUGAGCGUGGAUGCUUGUUCAUCUCUAUAUGUCAGCCCUGCGAUGAACUGGCGCCUUGUCUAGAGUGUCCCCUGCCUUUGCCCAAAGAUGCCGGGAUAGGCUCCAGCCCCCCCCCCCACGACCCCCGACAGGAAAAAGCAGUAGAAAAGGGAUGAAUGAAAGAUAAUAGUCACCCUUUUUUUAUUUUGACUGUUUGGAAUUUGCAUUUUUGUUUAGAUGACGAGAAAACAAGUCAUUUUUUAACCACCUAAUCAGAGUUUAGCAGGGCUGCUACCGCUAACUAGUGUCUUCUUCAGGUGGUUACUAUCAAAAAGUGCGACUUUUUCCUCCCGAGUAUGAACCAAUAACUAACAUGAUGUUACGGUUUUAAGCACAUAUUAAUGUCAGUACUUGAAAAUUGCUGUAGCUCUAUUUCCUUGUGUUACCUGGCCUAAAACUUCUCAUUUCUUUACAUUUUCUGCUUGUUGCUCAUCAGUCAGUUUUCACAUAUCUCCCACCUGUCAGUUUUUUGGACCUCUUGCCUAAAACAAAACCUCAGGAUGGACUUGAUUGUGUUUAAAAAGUCCAUCCUGGUACAAAGGUACAAAGGCAAGGGGUAAAAGUGCCCAAAGAUGAGAUCUGGGAAAGCACACUGGUGACAGAGGUUUCUGCACAGUUACUGUUUUGUAUCAGAGCUCUGCAGAGGUGGAACAUGAGGUGUAGAUAUUGAUCUGAUCUGCUGCUCGAGGUUUCCCCUCUGAGGCCAACGGCUGUAACUCCACACUCUGCUUUAGUUGCAUCAGCCUUUUGACCGACGGACGAGCUUGCUGACAUUAUUAUAAGGAGCUCCGAGUCUGUGUGUGUGUGAGAACAUGUGUGUAUGUGCGUGUCAGCUGUAUCCGAGGGUCAGCAGCCCUGAUUCCCCUUGAGGACGGUGGUCGUGGUGGUGGCAGUGGUGGGGGGUUUAGUCAUGACAAGCAUUCAGCUGGACCACCGUGACCUCAUUUUACAGGAAGGACCUGUAAAAAGGCCGAGCUGAGCUGGGCCAGACCGACAGGUGUGGACAGACAGAGGAGAGGACUGGGGGAGGGGGUCUGGUUUCCAGAAUGGAGGGUGACUUCAUGCUGGUGGACUCCCACCACAGGCAUUAGAGCAAACCCACAGGAUGAGAUAAUAGAGCUUUACAAGCAGGCGGAUCGUAAUCAUAGCUUCCACAGGUAUGUCGGAUAAUAGUUUUCUGAUCCUGCGGCGCUCAGUCCGACGUUUUAGCGUUCAUGAAUGCCGGGUCGUGUGUAUUUAGCUUUAUUAAAAUCUCCUUUAUUUCAAUUACGGCCUGUUCAACUUCUUUGAUGUUGGCGUAACUCCACCCCUCUCAUCUUCCCUUCGCACUUUCUCCGGUUAUUAUUUAAUGCACGUCAUAUCCUUCGAUCCAUUCCUUCCUUCUCCUCUUUCUACCUCUCCGUCUUGGACUCUUACAGUUCACCUCAGGAAUCCUGCCUUCUCAGCUGUCCGCUGGUGUCCCAUAGCAACCCGAUUUAGCCUCCUCCAGCCCCGCCCCCAUCCAUUUUUUUCCUCCUUUCCCCUCCUCUUCUACCUAAUUUAGCCCCCACCCUUCCCCUCCCCUCUCCUCCUCCUCGCUCCUUCACACACACCUUCUCGUCUCCCCUCUCCUCCGCCUUGGCCCGGUGGCCUGUGUGCGCUGGAUUAGGAGCCUGUCUAAAUUUGGUCAUGCAUGGCAAAGGAGACAAGCACCUGCUGGGACCCCGGCUGGUUGGACAGGCGGCCUCUUCUCCUCUCCAGCAGACCCGUACAUCAAAUUACACCGGGGCCUGGGCAUUCCUGUCACUCCUCUCUUCUCGUCUUCGCCGCCUCACUCUUUCUCUUUCUGCUUCUGUGUCUCUGAGGUCCUCGAACACAGUUGGAAUCAAAUAGUGUUUCAAGGCGGUACAACGGUUUUAAAUAGCUGCGUUUACAUGGGCACAAAUAAUCUGAAUAAAAAUGCAUCAUGUAAACGUAACCAGUGUGACUCUGCAUUGUGGUUAGAAAUGAAAACACCAGUGGGAUUGUUUUAGACUAGCUUAACAUAAGUUGGCACGAGGUACGCAAAAUGGACUAAACACCUUUUAUCAUUAUUUUAUUUAUUUAUUUAUAUUAUAAUUAUUAGUGUUAUUAUUAUUACUAUUUUAUUAUUUAUUUUAUUUAUUUUUAUUAUUUUCUUGUAUUAUUUAUCCAUUUAUUUAUCAUUUAUUAUUAUUAUUUUAUUGUUAUUAUCAUUAUUAUUAUUAUUAUUAUUAAUUCAUUAAUUUAUUUAUUAAUAUUAUUUCCCGUGAAUUUUUAUUUCCUUAUUAUUUUCCUUUGUGAAUUAAUAGUUAUUUUUUUAUUUUGCGCCUGUAAACAGUGGAUUCAGAUUAUCUGAUCCCUCAAACUUAUAAUCAAAUAAAGAAAUUUUGCACAUGUAGUAAAUUGCUACUGUCCAAGAGUGGAGUUAGGUGUCUCAUAAUUGGGCUUUUUUUUUUUCCUCUAUUAUAAAAUAAUAGAUACAAGCUAAAAUAGAUCACUCAAAUCUGAUAUUUUAAUCUUAUCUUUGGUAAUAAUCUUCAGCCCUAUUUUUUUGGACAUGCUUUCAGCCUUCACCUCUUCCUAAAAUCCCUGCUGUGGUAUUUCUCAGUCCAGCAUCAUUAUCAUCGACUUAUUGAGUUUUCUCAUGGUGUAAAAAAAUGAUAAAGAAGUGAAAAGUUUCUAAAACGCUCUCAUUAAGCCUUUGGUGAAACUGUUUUGCUGUAUAUCCCUUAUAUCUGACGUAGCAGGAUCAUGAUCAUGUUUGUGGUUAAAUAGUCAUACAGAGAUCUGUAGAUUCACUUCUUCUCUCUUGUUUCCUGUGUCGCUCAGUCGCUGAUGCGGUUCGUACUCGAGUGCAGACAACAGACAUGAAAGCGCACACAGAUUCAAACACACACCCACACACACGCUGUACAGGGACAUGUGCAUUUUUGAUUUCGAGCUUGUUUAAUGUACUUGGCUGAAACGGUAAUUUAUGCUUUCACCUGCUGAGCACAAACCUCCUCUCUCUCUCUCUUUCUCUCUCUUUUUCUCUCUCUCUCUCCGCCCACACUGUCAUCUGUAGUUAGUUAUUCAGCUCAUGUACUUAUUCUGUUUCUACACCCACACAUCCUCCAAACCCUGGCAAAGUUUGGGCUCUGCAGCAGCAGCAGCAGCAGCAGUUCACACUCACACGUCUUUACACUCAUAUUUGAAGCUAAACAUCAUGAAAGCCUCUGAAAGAAAAAAGAAAAAAAACACUGUGAUUGAUUGAGUGGCCUGAUGGAACCAGUCGAAUGUGCGCAACCGAUGCAUGAGGCAAUUUCCCAGACAGGCUGAAAGUAAGCACUCAGAGGCUGAGAGCCAUUAACACCAAGACUGCUUUUUGCACGUCACACACUCACACACACACACACUCACACACACACACACACAGUGGCAUCCGCUAAUGACCAGUUUGCUUUCUGAAAUGAUAGACCUGCCUUCUGAAAGCUACAGCACCUACUCUUCUCCACACGAGCCCAGAAACAGGACUGAGAGGCUGAACAGGACCUGCUAAAGACCUGAUCGAACAUCAACACACUAGGGCUGUACGAUAAAUCGAUUUUAUGUCGUAAUCGGAUGAUUUGAUAAUGACGAUGUUAAAAAAAAUUCAAAUCGUAAAAUCAAUUUCCCUCUUUAUCAUGUCUUGCGCCUCCAAGCUACUAUAGGCUCCCCCUUCCUGCAGGAGGCGAUGGUAGGGGAAAGUCCCACCUCCUUCGCCUCUGAUUGGCUGGAAAAGCUGGAAACGUCAUCACACACUCAAGCCAAACGCGAGCUGUCCGCUCUGUACAUCGAACAGAACAUUACAGAACCCUAACCUGACAGACGGUGACAUUUCACAGCCAUAAGGAAUAACCAAUCAGAGCACAGCACUUCUAGCCAAUCAGAGGCGAAGGAGGGCGGGACCUUCCCUACCAUCCUACAAAAAAAAAAAAAAAUUGCCUGUGGGAGCGCUCCCCGAAUCCCGCACACACCAGUGUAACAAAAAACAUGGCGUUUGCAAAAGAAGGCGAUAAUUUCUCUUCUUCUGUCUUUUGUUAGUUUCCUGUGCUGCGUUACAGCACCACUUACUGGCUUGGCAUAUGCACUACAUAGUUUUCAGCGGUUUUGUUCUGAGAGAUGAUUAAAAAAAAUGUUUUAUUAAAGUGAAGUUUGUCGAAGUUGUCGCUUAAUAAAAAAUCUAAAUUGAAAAUCGAUCACUGCAUUACACCCUUUCAGUUCACUCAUUCAUCAUAACAUCCUUCAGAAUGAUUAUUUCUCUGUACUAAGACUUUAGAGAACUGUAUCCUUGAUUUUGAAAAGACUGAUCGUUGAUUUUGUCACAAACAAAAUAAUCCAAAAGUUUAGAAAAUAUAAGUUGUAGCUAAAAACACAACUUACAAAAGGUGAUAAAAAUACUCAAACUGUGUUUUAUUAUCAUCCUGAUGUAUCUCAAUAUGGUCGUCUUCAGUUCAUAACAUAAACGGUUAUAUAACUGGAGUUAUGUCGUGUUACUAUCCAGUCAUCUGUGGCCUUCAAACUGACAUAAGUGUGUGUUUGUGUGUGUGAAUGUGCGCUCUCACCGUCAGCAACCCUCUGAUUAUAAUGUCACAAAUGGAAGAGGACAGGUCUUACUCAGCAGUUUCUACUCAGAAGGGAAACGUCACACAGUGUGUACAUUUACACUCUAUAUGUGUGUGUGUGUGUGUGUAUCGGCUACUCAGGUGAAACUGUGAUGUUUGAUGUCAGUGUCCGAGAAUGUGGCGCAGUCUGACAGGUGACAUUGUUUCACCCUCUCUCUCUCUCUCUCUCUCUCUCUCUCUCUCAGACCUUCACAGCUUGGUGUAACUCCCACUUGAGGAAGGCCGGGACACAGAUCGAGAACAUUGAAGAGGAUUUCAGAAAUGGCCUCAAACUCAUGUUGCUGCUGGAGGUCAUUUCAGGUGAUUUCAUGGACACACACACACACAAAAUCACAGUUUCUGUUGACUUCUUUUAUACUAACAGCUGAUGAUCUGUAUUCAUACAAUUCCUGAUAUCAAUAUAAAACAUUCUAGAAGUAGAAAAAGAUGCAGUUUUCAUUUCUAUCAUAUUUUUGACAAGGUUUUGCUCGCCCAUCAGAAUAACUGUCAUGUACCUUAAAGGUUUUUGCCGUCGAUCAUAAAGCAGUUUAACUUUUUUUUGCCUUUCUUUUUACAACACCAAAUAGACGGGUUUCUUGUUCAAACAAUACUAGGUGCGCGCAACCAUGAGGCAAAAGCCUGCUCCAGAGUGAACUGAUAUCAAUGUAUUGUUUACAAGUCCUCCCCGACACAAUUGGAAUAAAAUGUCAUUUCAUUGAAAAAUCGCUUUGUUGCUGAAAUGCCCAUGAAUGUUGCUCGAUUUACCAGGUUGUAACGUUGUUUUCGAUGUUUCUAAUAUCAGGAGCAGGGUCGUAAUGUUCGCCGAUGGUUUGUUUUGCCGAUUCGUGCAGUUUACAGCACAAUAGCUACUUGUCGUUUUCUUUCUUCGUCGACUCCGCUAGUAAACAAAUAAGAAAUGUCCCACUUUCUGCCCCAAGGCUGCGCGCAUACCUGUGAUGACAUCGCACAGAAACCCAUCUAUACUAUCAGUACUUCCUGAAAUUAAAGAAGAACAAUUCAAUCUUGACCAAUAGAAAUGUUCCAUUUUCUCCCCUGUCGAGGUGAUUGGUUAAGCAGCCACACCUGUGUUAACAAGCCGAACAACAUGACAUCUCUCUGGGUUGUUUGUUGAAACUAAGCGGAUGCCUCUGGUCUUCAGAAGUAAGGAAGUGCUGAAAACUGCAGUUCCUUGAGUGUCCACUAGAGGCUGUCUCCAAAAGCACUGGCAGCCACAUACACACCCAUUCAAAAAAAGGCCAAAAACAAGCGCGUUUUCAAAAACAGGUUAUAGUCUCAGUAGUUGAUUUCUCUGCAUACACUUGACUUGGGCUGGGGUUAAAUUUUAUAACCUCUAAUUUACAGAUAUUAAUGCCAUGAGUUUUCAUAAUCUGUUAUGAAACAAGGCACAGAAAGGAGGUUAGAACGGCAAGACAACGAAUCAGUUUGUCCAACAGACAGGGUUUUUGAGACACAGGCAGAGGUCGCAGAGGUCGGUACACAAAAAGGUGGUCAGAUCAGGCAGAAUUAUCCAAAAAUAAAAGGCAAUAAAGGCAAGAUCCGAAAAGGUAAACAAGAAGUGCAACGAAUAGAAUAAAGAAAACUAAACCAAUAAGGAAAAGGAAAAUUAACAGACACGAGUUUUCAUGAGUUUUCUCGUCUUCCAGGUGAGAGGCUGCCCAAACCCGACAAAGGCAAGAUGCGUUUCCACAAGAUUGCCAACGUGAACAAAGCUCUGGACUUCAUCUGCAGCAAGGGAGUCAAGCUGGUGUCUAUUGGUGCUGAGGGUGAGUGUCCUGCUUUGACUCACGAAUUCUCCUUUUUUUAAUCACUCUUCUUCUGCGACACAUCUUCUCUUUCUUUUCUUCGAACAGUGUGAACCAAGGUCACUUAGAAUUAAACUCUCUUUGACGUGUUAAGAAGCAGCAGAUGGUCUGACGAGUGACGGAUUUACCUAAAGUGGUAAUAAACUCAAGGAUACAGCUGCUUUUCACUCCUCUUUAACUCUAAUUUACUGAUUGUGUGCUGCAUUCAGUCACCGUAUUAAGCAAUAAUUAUACCUUUAAUUUUUACAUGAUGAUCAUCUAAAGAUAGAUCUUUAAUUUGAGUUUAGGAGAAGGGCUUUAAACUGAAGAAGACAGCGGUAGGAGAGCUGAAGAGGUAAACAUACACAUACUGGUUCUGCUAAACAACAAUCACAGCAGAAGUUGAACCUGAGAGCGAUUCAGCGAUGAGGAGGAAAGCUCCCCCACAUUGACUCAGCCUCUUUGAGGUCAAACCGAAUAAACGCUCAGCAGGGAAAAAACAGCUCCGACUGGGAGUUCAUGAAAAGUUGCCGAGAGCUCCAGAUUACAGAUCUUCAAAAGCAGUUAAGUGAAUUUUCUACAACUUUGAUUUUCAUCACUUUAAUUGCAGCCAAGUUUCCCUUCAAGCCCGCAAUGAGUGUGAAAUUCAAUCAGCGUCAAAAGCGGGACUCUGAGAGGCCGAGCAGUCCUCAGACUCUGAACUUUUACCCCCGAGGAGGCUGACAGGCUGGAUUUAGGAUGAGCCGUGUGUUUAUCUUCACAUCAUAUGUGUGUAUUUUUUUGUGUUCUCUCAGAAAUUGUUGAUGGUAACGUGAAGAUGACCCUUGGUAUGAUCUGGACCAUCAUCCUGCGUUUCGCCAUCCAGGACAUCUCUGUGGAAGGUGCGUGUUCUCGCAUGUUUAUUUUUGGAGCUGACAUUUCUGAGAGGAACUUUCUGUUAUUGUUUUUUAUUUUUUUCAUCUCCGACUUAAAAGUAGAUUCCGUCCAAGCACAAGAAGAACCAGGUGUGCUGGAAGCUCACGCUGAUUGACAGCCAGACAGUUUGAAAACCAUAACAGCGCAUUUUAAUAACUGAAAAAUAAGGUUUAAAAAAACAACAUGCACAAAUGACUCAAGACUAAUGUCUGAGUUUACACAUCUCCCUUCAAACCUUUACCAUUUAAACAAUAAUGUACAUACCUCAGACAUGUCACCCUUUUUCUGUAGCUCUUUCUAGUCUACAUGCUGAGGCAGCUUUUAUUUUAAUUUAUUUUAUUUAAUUCUCAAUUUUCUUUAGCUCUUUUACGUCUACGUGUCAAAGUAGCUUUUAUUUUUAAUUGAUUUUUUUUAGCUCUUUCUAGUCUUUAUGCUAAGGCAGCUUUCACUUUUAUUUAUUUAUUUAUUUAUAUAAAUUUUUUUCUUUCGCUCUUUCUAGUCAACAUGCUGAGGCAGCUUUGAAAUAUUUAUUUAAUUUUAUUUAUUUUUUAACUCUUUUUAGUCUACAUGCUAAGGUAGCUUUUGUUUUGUUUUUUAUUUAAUUUAAAUUUCUUUAGCUCUUUCUAUUUAAAACGCUAAGGCAGCUGUUAUUUUUAUUUAUUUUAUUUUAUUCUUAAUUUUCUUUAGCUCAUUCUGGUCUACAUGCUUAGGCAUCUUUUAUUUUUAUUUAUUUAUUUGUUUAAAAAUACUUUAGCUCUUUCUAUUUAACAUGCUAUGGCAGCUUUUACUUUGAUUUAUUUUUUAUUUUUAUUUAUAUAUUUAAAAUAUAUUUCAUUUUAUUUUAAAUAUAUUCAUAUAUUAAAUAUAAAUAUUUUAAAUAUAUUUAAAAUAAGUAAAUUUAUCUGUUGUCAGUUAUUUUAGCUCUUUCUAGUCUACAUGCUGAGGCAGCUUUAUUUUUAUGAACUUAUAAACUUUGGACAGUUACAGACUGAAUAAAAGCAUUUCUAAAUGAUCUUUUAAAUUAAAAAUGAAUUAAAAAACAAACAAAUUUAAAUCAUCGAGCUCUUUUCCUUCAUUAAACCUCCAGAUCUUAAACACUGUCUUGAUAUAAGCCCCAUCUUGGAGUGGAGUCUCAGUCUCAGGCCAGCCAGCCUCCAGAUUUACUGCGGCGAGUUGGAUUCAUAAAAAAGAUCCUCCGUUGAUUAACUACAUCUGACAAACUUUCCUCAACUUUAUCUGCUCCUCAUGUCAUUUAUUUAAAAGCUUCAUGUCGUCCCGCCGAUCAGCCGACAAUAAAUCUUGUUUAUAAAGACUGGGACCUUGUUUACCCCGUCCUCCCUCACACUUUUUACCCUCACCUUCAAGUCAUCCUCUUUAACUCCACUUUUAUUGCUCCUGAUCUUCAAUAUCUCCUGCUCCACUAUAGUUUGACACCUGCCUCCUUUAAGCCCCGUCAUAAUGCCUCCUCUUUCCUUUAGUCUUCAAACCCCUGACUGCACUAGCUUGACCUUUAAAGCACUGUUUUUUUAAGGUUUUUGUCUGUGCUGUGUAAAGCAGCUUUCUGUUCAUGCUCUUUGUUUCAUUUCUUUGUUAUUCAGUCCACUCUCUCAAGUCAAAGAUUGUCUAUUUUCUUUUUAAAUCUUUGUUUUUUUUUUGUACAAUUAAUGCUCAUGUAUCUUCAUGCUCUUCAUCCUCCUCCCUGUCUUUUUUCAGAGACCUCUGCCAAGGAGGGUCUGCUGCUGUGGUGCCAGAGGAAGACUGCCCCCUACAGGAACGUCAACGUGCAGAACUUCCACAUCAGGUGAGUCUACAACGCCAGACUGUGGCACUCCGGAGAAACUGCACCUUCAUUUUUGCUCCCGUUUUUUUUUUUACCUCAUUCUCUCAUUUUUACUUCUUUUCAUGUGCUGUUUUUACUCGACAUUUACCAUCUUCCCCUCUCUUAUCUUCCUCUCUCUCUUUCCUCCUCUUCCUCCUCUCAGUUGGAAGGACGGCCUGGCUCUGUGCGCCCUCAUCCACAGACACAGACCUGACCUCAUUGACUACUCCAAACUGAGAAAGGUGCUCUGUCCUUCCUGUCUUUUUCAUUUCCUCUCAUCCCCUUAAGCUUCAUUUGUCUCUUCUUGAUCCCCUAUGUUAGCAUGAGCUGUAAAAAGUUCUCUACCGUCCAUAACCUGGGUAAGGAUUAGGGUUAGGGUUGGAGUUAAAAUUGGGGCUAGGGUUAGGGUUGGGGUUAGGGUUUAGGUUGGGGCUAAGGUUAAGGUUGGGGUUGGGGUUAGGGUUUAGGUUGGGGCUAGGGUUAAGGUUGGGGUUAGGGUUAGGGAUGGGGUUACGGUUAGGGUUGGGUUCAGGGUGAGGGGUAAGGUUGGGGCUAGGGUUAGUGUUAGGGUUGGGGUUAGGGCUACGAAUAGGGUUAGGGUUAAGUUUGGGGCUAGGGUUGGGGUUAAGGUUAGUGUUGGGUUGGGGUUAGGGCUACGGUUAGGGUUGGGGCUAGGGUUGGGGUUAGGGUUAAGGCUGGGGCUAGGGUUGGGGUUAGUGUUGGGUUGGGAUUAGGGCUACCGUUAGGGUUAAGGUUGGGGCUAGGAUUACUGUUGGGUUGGGAUUAGGGCUAUGGUUAGGGUUGGGGCUAGGGUUGGAUUGGGGUUAGGAUUUGGGAUAGGUUUCAAAAGGGUUAGGGUUGGGGUAAGGGUUGGGUUUAGGGUUAGGGUUAAGGUUGGGGCUCGGGUUGGGGUCAGGAUUACUGUUGGGUUGGGAUAAGGGCUACAGUUAGGGUUAAGGUUGGGGCUAGUAUUACUGUUGGGUUGGGAUUAGGGCUAUGGUUAGGGUUGGGGCUAGGGUUGGGUUGGGGUUAGGGUUGGGGUUAGGAUUUGGGAUAGGUUUCAAAAGGGUUAGGGUUGGGGUAAGGGUUGGGUUUAGGGUUAGGGUUAAGGUUGGGGCUCGGGUUUGGGUUAGGUUUUCAAAUAAUACCAACUGUUUCGGGGUCAUCAGGAGACACGGCAAAAUAAAGCUGUAUGUCAUCUGCAUAGAUAAGUAAUUUGAUGCUGUGUCUCCUGAUGACAUUUCCAAGAGGUAACAAGCAGAGGAUAAAAAGCAGAGGACCUAAAACUGACCCCUGUGGGACACCGCAGAUCAAUUGAUAUUGCACAUAAUUUAAUUUGUUUGUCUCAAAUCUACAUCUUCGAGAAAUAGAUCUUAAUGCCAACACUGUCUCUGAUAUUUCGAGCUCCAUAUUUUCAUUUUUCCAUUCUCCAAAUUGGAACAGAAGACUCUGCGCGUUCUCCGCAGAGCUGUUUCUUUUCUCAGCGGUCAAAUAGCAAAGAGGAAAGCUUCAUACUCGUCCAAAAAAAUGUUGACGCUGGAUCAAAUCACAAUGGAGGAAGGAAACAGAAAAGAUCCACACGCUUAUUCGCCUGCCAAAGCCUGUAUCUCUUCAUAAAAACUGAUUUAAAACACUGUAUGAAUCCCUUCUGUUUCCCUCCUCUCUGCUUUUAUGAUCUCAGUCGGUUUCUGAAGGUAAAUUUUUUAGGGUUUCAUGACAAACAGCAAAUGUGUCCGUCUGUAGGAUGACCCCAUCGGUAACCUGAACACCGCCUUCGAGGUGGCAGAGAAGUUCCUGGACAUCCCCAAGAUGCUUGAUGCUGAAGGUGAGGCUAUAAAAGCUGUGGCACUAAAUCAUGAAGUAAAAUUAGUAAAGAAACUUGAUUAUCUUUUCCGAUUAAACAGGUUUUUAUUUUGAAAGGUCAGAACAGAGUUUCAGUUAAGUUUAACUGAACUUAUAUGUGCUGUAUCCCUAAAUUUUUGUGAUUUUUCCGCUCUUAGAUAUUGUGAACACACCCAAGCCCGACGAGAAGGCCAUCAUGACCUACGUGUCCUGCUUCUACCACGCCUUUGCUGGAGCUGAACAGGUUACCCGAUCUUUCGAACUUCUAAAUGACAUGAUCUACGCCGUCGAUGUGCUCUAAUUGUCUUUUUUUUCUGCCUCCCUCUCUCAGGCUGAGACCGCUGCCAACCGUAUCUGUAAGGUUCUGGCCGUCAACCAGGAGAACGAGAAGCUGAUGGAGGAGUACGAGAAGCUAGCCAGCGAGGUGAGAAACCGCUGCAACCGAGUCCUCCUACUCUCAGUCUGUCCUCCUCCGUCCUCCUCCUCCUCCUCUGCAGAAACACUUUAAUGUUCCAGCAGUUUAAACUUCUUCAUCCUCCUCCUGCUGACUUUUUGUGACACGGCUCUAAAACCACUGCAGGCGAAUCAACACUGAGAGUUAGGGGAACUUUGAAAAGAGAAUACAGAUUCACACUUUAACUGAAAUCCUGCAAUAUUUUAAAGCCAAAUUUCUUUAAUUUGAUGUCAGUUUGGUGUUGAGAAUGAGCCCAAAUCUGCCGUAUUUAUGUAAGUAUGAUUACUAGACAACCAAAAAACUGUGAAAGUAAGUAGGAUUGUGAGAAGAAAUGUUGGAACAAACAAGUACAGCCACCGUCUGUAAUUUUUCGAGCUCUUUUUUGUGGAUUAAAGAAAAUAGAAACAUAAAGACCAGAGUGAAUGAACUUGACAUGACUCCACAUGUGCAGAAAGUUUCAUCACAUGUACGUAACGGGGCUCUGAAGUGAGCAGAGCACACGUCAACCACUAAUGUUGAAAUUCGUCAAAUUGAACUUAUUCCAUGUGAGCCAUAAACUCCCAGUCGGGUGGAAGAAGAAAUAAAAUAAUCAAAGUGGGUCUAAAACAUUCAUCAAAGCUGAGGGUAGGGGUGUCCGGAUACAACUUUUUGACUUCCGAUACAAUACCGAUAUUGUAGCCUUCAGUAUUGAGCCAAACCGAUAUUGGUCCAAGGUUGGCACAAACUUGUGCAUGACAAGUUUUGCACUUAGCUGUCUUUUUUGGACUUAAACAAAAAAUACUUCCACAUGGCCGACAUCACUCCUACUUCUUGCUAUUUUGUUAGUACCUUGGUACACAAUGUUGUUGUAAUCACAUGGGUUCUGCAUACUGGAUCCAGGCGCUGCUAGCUAGAGGUGCCGGAGUGGAAUCUGGAAUGAACUGCUGAUAUCUAAGAUUUUAGAUGCAGGCCGAUAUAAUUCCAUAUUUGUUAUUUGGCUGAUAUUCAACCGAUAUCCAAUAUCAACAUCGUAUCGGGACAUCCCUAGUCGAGGGUAAACCGAAUAUCUUCACUGAUUCUUCCAUCUCCGUUCCUCCUGUAGCUGCUGGAAUGGAUCCGUCGCACCAUCCCCUGGCUGGAGAACCGCGUGGCCGAGCAGACCAUGCGCGCCAUGCAGCAGAAGCUGGAGGAUUUCCGCGACUACCGCCGCAUCCACAAGCCACCCCGCGUCCAGGAGAAGUGCCAGCUGGAGAUCAACUUCAACACCCUGCAGACUAAGCUGAGGCUGAGCAACAGGCCCGCCUUCAUGCCCUCUGAGGGCAAGAUGGUGUCGGUGAGCGACUUCUGCGACCCAGAGAUCCGACAAAAGGUUCAAACUCUUCUCUGCGUACGGUGACAGUAAAGCUUUUCUCUCCUUCAGGAUAUCGCCAACGCCUGGAAGGGUCUGGAGCAGGUGGAGAAGGGCUACGAGGAGUGGCUGCUCACCGAGAUCCGCCGCCUGGAGAGACUCGACCACCUGGCUGAGAAGUUCAAGCAGAAGUGUGCCAUGCAUGAGUCAUGGACCUCAGGUAGGGAGAAAACCAGAAGGCGAUGAAGACCGUAACCACGACUAAAGGCUGUCGUUGGCUAGAGACAUGAUUAGAGGAAGGGUGUUAGGGUCUUAAUCUGUGGGGAUGACUCAGACCUAGAUCAAACCCUCUUUGUGUCUUUCAGGUAAGGAGGACCUGCUGUCCCAGAAGGACUACGAGUCGGCCUCUCUGAUGGAAAUCAGAGCCCUGAUGAGGAAGCACGAGGCGUUCGAGAGCGACCUUGCCGCUCACCAGGACAGAGUGGAGCAGAUCGCUGCCAUCGCCCAGGAGCUGAAGUACAUCCCUAAACUUUUGUUCCGUUUUAUUUCUUUUUUAGGGUUUAAUCAAGUCUUUAAAAUUGAUCAUAAAAUGAAAAUGUGAGAUUGAAGGACGAAGGAGUGAAGAGAGAAGAGACACGGUGGUGUUUUCAGCCUCCUGAACGUCAGGACAAUCACAGAUUUGUCGUGAGCAGACAGGGACGUGAACAAAAGCAGCCUCAGAUGAGGAGAGGACAUUUUAAUGAGCGAGAUGAAACAGAUGAAAGGAUGAUUCAUGAAAGAGCAGGAACCUCUGAUCUCACUUUUUCCUUAUUCCUCACCACUCCUCAGGCCUCACUCUCAGUUUUCAGAUCAUCUCUUUGAUGCUGUAUGCGGUUUAAUACCGUAAAGCUGAAUAUGAAUGCACACCACAGAAAUGAUCAUUAAUCACUUCAAACGGAGAAGCUUGUCAGAUGACUCCUUGAAUGAAGGAUGAAAAUCGUGUGUUUGUGAAGGAGUUAAUUUGACAAAUGUACGAUAAAUCCAGAAAUGUCGUCUGAUCGUUGUUACUCAUGAGUAAAAAAAAGGCGUUGUCUUCUUCUCCAGUGAGCUGGACUACCAUGACGCUGCUACAGUCAACGCCCGCUGCCAGGGCAUCUGUGACCAGUGGGACAACCUGGGCACCCUGACCCAGAAGAGGAGGGACGCCCUGGAGGUAACACCAGGAAAAACCGCGAAGAGAUCUGUCUUUAUUUUCUUAAUUUCCACUGUGAGUCUCAUCACCGUGUGUUUGUGGGACUGUAGCGUGUGGAGAAGCUGUGGGAGACCAUCGACCAGCUGUACCUGGAGUUCGCCAAGAGGGCGGCGCCCUUCAACAACUGGAUGGAUGGAGCCAUGGAGGACCUGCAGGACAUGUUCAUUGUCCACAGCAUCGAGGAGAUUCAGGUACAAAGAUGUACACUCAGCAGUGUGUUUGUGGGAGUGUGUCAGUGUGUGUUUGUAAUGGGGCGUUCACACCAAGCGCGAGUAAAAUCAUCAACUCGCUUAAUUCGCGCAAAUCUAGACACAUGAAUGAAUAGUAUUUAUGCUGCGUUUGUGUUACCUUGGAAGUCAGAAGUCUGCUACAAGAUGGCGACAUCUACCAACACUGGGAACUCGAGUGUGACGACAUUUUCAGCUUGCACAUCUGACUUCCGAGGUAACUCGAACACAGCAUUACUCGCUUAAUUCACGCGUUUAUAGACGUUUAUGCUAAUUUCAAUGGUAAACCCUGCCAACUCAACGGCGGAAUCAAGUGAUAGACCAAGGUUUUUUUUACAAUUUACCAGGUAAUCUGGUCCUCACUCACUUACCUCCAGUUGGCUCCUUCUUUAUUCCAGUUUCGGUAAUUGAAAGAAAAGGUAUUGUAUAAUUCGGCGCGAACAGUUUGCCCUCCCUUUUAGAUACCAGUGAACAAUCGUUUGUUUUCGUAUGCCACCCAGCAACCUUUGUGCUGAUUAGUUAUCACAACGCAAAUGUUCCCUUAAAUUGAGACAUUUUCAUCUUCCGCCAAAUUCGCGUCAUUCCUACCGCCAGAGAAGUAGGAGCGUCUAGUCGCGCCUUUGCAUUGACUUAACAUGUAAUUCAGUCGCGCGAAUGAUUUCACUCGCGCUUGGUGUGUGGAGACAGUUAGAGUGUCUUUUUUCCUCUAUAGAUCUAAAAAUAAUAAUCUAGAAAUCUUGAUUACAACAAACAAAGAAUCUGUUUUUCCUCCUUCCAGAGUCUGAUCACGGCUCACGACCAGUUCAAGGCCACUCUGCCCGAGGCCGACAAGGAGCGCAUGGCCACCUUGGGCAUCCACAACGAGAUCCUGAAGAUCGCCCAGACCUACGGCAUUAAGCUGUCCGGAAUCAACCCGUACACCAACCUCUCCUCCCAGGACAUCAGCACUAAGUGGGACACUGUGAGUCCAAUCCAGACAUGGAGAUGAUUUUUCUGUCUGAAAUGAAAUCAGAGCAAACGUAGAUCAGAUCAGGGCGACUGUGACAUGAACUCCUCCCUCCUGCAGGUGAAGCACCUUGUUCCCCUCAGAGACCAAAUGCUUCAGGAGGAGGUCGCCAGACAGCAGGCCAACGAGAGGCUGAGGCGCCAGUUUGCUGCUCAGGCCAACAUCAUUGGACCCUGGAUUCAAACCAAGAUGGAGGUACAGAAGGAAUGAGUCUUAGAGAGACUUAAAAAUACAGGACCAGACGAGUCCUUCAUGUGUUCUCCUCCCUCUGUGCUCCUGCAGGAGAUCGGUCACGUGUCCGUGGACAUCUCCGGCUCUCUGGAGGAACAGAUGAACAGCCUGAAGCAGUACGAGCAGAACAUCAUCAACUACAAAUCCAACAUCGACAAGCUGGAGGGCGACCACCAGCUCAGCCAGGAGUCCCUCAUCUUCGACAACAAGCACACCAACUACUCCAUGGAGGUACGCAGAGCUCUGCUGCUGAGUAAUCAGAUCCUCCUCCUCUUCCUCUUGUUAAAAAGCAUUUCCUCUGCGUCUCUUCCUGCAGCAUGUGCGCGUGGGCUGGGAGCAGCUGCUCACCACCAUCGCCAGAACCAUCAACGAGGUGGAGAACCAGAUCCUGACCCGCGACGCCAAGGGCAUCAGCCAGGAACAGCUGAACGAGUUCAGAGCCUCCUUCAACCACUUCGACAGGGUGAGGACAGGUCCUUGAGUUUCUCUGAGACCCGGGUCUCAAACGGUGAAGUGAAAACGCUCUUCUGUUUUUCCUCCGCAGAAGAGAAACGGCAUGAUGGAUCCAGACGACUUCCGUGCCUGCCUCAUCUCCAUGGGUUACGAUCUGGUGAGCGGGAAAGGAAAUUACACCUCUUUGUUUGUCGUGUGUUUUAGCCGACAAUGACGUGACUCGGCUGUUUUCUUCCCAACAGGGUGAGGUGGAGUUCGCUCGCAUCAUGACCUUGGUAGACCCCAACAACACGGGCGUGGUGACCUUCCAGGCCUUCAUCGACUUCAUGACUCGUGAGACCGCCGAGACCGACACUGCUGAGCAGGUCAUGGCCUCCUUCAAGAUUCUGGCUUCAGACAAGGUGAGCGGACGAGUCACUUCAACCACCAUCAGACACCAAAUCUGUACAAUGGCGGAAGGCGGAGCCAACCACCUCCCUUUGUCUCUCUUUCCCAGAACUACAUCACAGUGGACGAGCUUCGCAGGGAGCUCCCACCCGAGCAGGCCGAGUACUGCAUCAGCCGCAUGACCAGGUACAUCGGAGCGGACAGCCCUCCUGGCGCCCUGGACUACAUCUCCUUCUCCAGCGCCCUCUACGGGGAGAGCGACUUAUAAACCCAGCCGCUCCUCUUCACCUUCCUCCUCCCCAGCUCCCGCCGCCUCUCCUCUGCGGAGAGAGCGAUUUGAACCCCUUCCACUGUCCUUCUAUAUUCUUUCUUCUUGUCAUUAUUCCCCUCUUUGAAAUCUCUCUCCCACCUUCUUCCCUCUUUCUCCUCCUCCUCCUCUCCCUCCUUUCUCACCCAGAAACACCGCAAAGAGAGGGGGGAGAGUGGGAGACUUUGCUCAGAUCUUAGGAAUCCCCUCAUUUCUUUCAGAGUGCCUUAAAAAAAAGAAAAGAAACCAAAGCAGGAACGUGCCGGGUGUUGCACUGAAUUAUGUAAGCAGCGUACAUAUCCCACCUGCUUCGACAGGAAGGAGGUAAUGAGGGAGGAAAUGAGGGAGAGAUACCGAGCGAAGCCUCCCGCUCUCCCCCUCUCUCUCCCAGAUGACAUAUUUUUUUUGUAGAAGGGUAAUUAAAGAAGAAGACGUGAUAUAAAAAAAAAAAGCUGGUUGGUCAGUUGGCUUGGUUGGUUGUGUAUUUGUGCACAUGCAUGCUAAUGUUGAAGUUUUAAAAAAAAGAAGAGGCUGUCGUUGUGAGUCUCUGACUUGUUCUUAAUCUCACUGAAACACAAACUCACAAAAAAAAAAAAACUCGGGUGCUAAAAUGUCGAAACGCAGAAACUACAGCACUGUGAAAACCUGCAGAGAUGAUCUUAAAGCCUUAAGCUCAGGAAAAACAAACGGAGCGCGAAUGGGAGCAAGUCAACUUUUAAAGCACUGAAGAUGGCAGGUAGAGAGAGAGAGCGACUUAGAGCAAAGCACUGUGGGUAAAUAAAGUCAAAGAGAGAGAGGGACAUGGCUGGAUUGUAGAGCGAUGACAGAAAGACAAACUGAGAGAACGAUCCCACGCACGGAAAUCAGCGAAAUCCUUGAAAGGGAGCAGCGCCGAGCAGCGAGAGAGAAACAGGACCCACAUGUGGGACCACAUCAGCGAGAAAUGAAAGUAGGGUUUCAUAUCAUCCAGCCAUGAGCGUCAGUGCCGGUCAACUCCUCUCAGGGCAGGAAGACGAGGUUUUGAAUUUCUAACCCAUGCUCCAUUCUCCUCCUCCUCCUCCCCCCAUCCUUAACUUCCCCCCCUGUCCAUCACCUCCACUGAAACACGCAGUUUAAUUUUAAAAACCAUAACUUGGAAUAAAAAAGGAAAAUUAUAUUACUAAACA